CCUUUUUAUCAUUUGUGGUUUGAUAAAAAUAAAAUCUUUAAAAAUAAAAGAACUUCUUAAUUUGUCAGUAUUAACUCUGGAGUAGGCCCACAUACAACGGGCUGUAUAACAUUUCAAAAUGAAAUGGCUGGACGUUUUCAUUAUACAGCUGUUAUGGAUUAUUUUAAAAAAUGUUCAACUGGUGGACUUGUAUGUGCUGAAAGGUUUUGCCACCAACAAUAAUGCAACCUCUAACAAACUUGAAUAUGUGGAUAAUUUGCUGCAGCAGCUAUUUGAUGCAGUCACAAGUAAAAAGUUGGAAUUAGAAGAUUCUGAAUUAUGGCCUAAAGAUUAUUCCUCUGAAUUUGUGAAGCAUGGCCAAAUGACCUUUGAUUAUAUAGUGGUGGGGGCUGGUACAGCAGGUUCUGUGGUGGCUAGUCGUUUAAGUGAAGAUCCCCAUGUAAAAGUUUUGGUUUUAGAGGCUGGCGGUGAUCCGCCCCUAUUGUCGGAGAUUCACACUCUCUCCUUGCAAUUGCUAAAUACUCCUUAUACUUGGAACGACUAUGCCGAGCCCAAUCCAUCAUGUUGCCAAGCAAUGAAAGAGGGGCGCUGUUAUUGGCCUAGAGGAAGAAUGAUUGGCGGUACUGGAGGCAUAAAUGGCAAUAUCUUUCUAACCGGUCAUGCCGAUGAUUUUGAUGAAUGGCAACAGCAGGGUAAUAUAGGCUGGUCUUGGAACGAUGUCUAUCCGUUCUAUGAAAAAGCCACCCAAGAAUUAGAUAAUAAAACCUGGCCUUUGGGUUCUUUAACCUUAAAUUAUUUCCAACGUUUGGAUGAUUAUCACAUACUUAAAGAACUAAUGGUAAAUGCCACCAAUGAAGCGGAAAAGUUAUUAAAAACCAAAAGUCCUGGUUAUAUGGAAAAUAUAUUGGCAACCAUAGAUCGUGGAAAAAGGAUGAGUACGGGUAAAACUUAUUUGGGUAGAGUUUCUCAUAGACGUCACAAUCUACAUGUCAUAAAACACAGUGUGGCCUCAAAAAUUCUCUUUCAUAAUGGCGGCAAAGCUACAGGAGUGGAGUUUGUUUUGAAUGGCACUCAGACGUUGAGAGCAAGAGCUCGCAGGGAGGUUAUAUUAAGCGCGGGCACCUUUAACUCCCCCAAAUUGUUAAUGUUAUCGGGUGUAGGACCGCCCGAACACUUAAAAAGUUUAAACAUACCCGUGUUGAGAAGUUUGCAGGUGGGACAAAAUCUUCAAGAUCAUGGCAUGAUGCCACUAGUGUUAAAACUUACUAAAAAUAUACCCCUUAACACAGAUGACUCUAGUCCGGUUUCAAUAUUUGAUUAUUUAAUGUAUCAAAAGGGUCCAUUAGCAAGCAGUUCCACCUUAGUGGGUUUCAUUAAUACUCUAGAUGCGAAGCAGCCCAAUAAAUCAGAUAUUAUGUUGGUAACACACUUUAGUAAGCCCACUAAAGGCUCUAAUGUUUUUGAGUUUCUACAAUUUAAGCAAGAUUUGGUGCAAAAGUUUUUAAAUAAAUUGGAAAAUCACACUAUAUUGGAAAUACAAGGUCUGAUAAUCAAAUCAAAAUCAAGGGGCUUUAUAAAACUAAAAUCCACAGAUCCUCUGCAAGGUCCCUUAAUACACAAUAAUUACGCAUUGGCUGAGGAAGAUCGUCAGACACUUUUACGUUUUAUACGUUAUAUACAAAAGCUGGUGAACACCUCGGUUUUCAAGUAUUAUGGCUUGGAAUUAAUUACCAUACCCAUUGAAGAAUGUGAUCAGUUUUUGCAUGAUUCCAAUGACUAUUGGCUGUGCUACAUAAAAUAUUUCUAUGUAAGUGCCUGGCAUGCUGUAGGCACUUGUCGCAUGGGUCCUGCUACCGAUCCCUCAGCAGUGGUGGAUGCGCGAUUAAGGGUUCAUGGCAUUAGAGGUUUGCGAGUGAUAGAUGCCAGUAUUAUGCCAAAUAUUACUAGUGGCAAUACUAAUGGUCCCACCAUUAUGAUUGCCGAAAGAGCUGCCCAAUUAAUAAAAGAUGAUUGGUUAAAUAAUAUAUAGUAGCGUAGCGAUUUUAGAGAUAUUUAGGCAAUUUUAAAUGCAAUUUAGU